AUGUCGUAUGAUCAGAUGCUGUCGCCGCUGCUGGGAGGCGCCGGGCGGUCGGCGUGGACGCCGCGGCUGCAGCAGCUGGGCGGCGAUGCGGUGACGAGGCAGAUACUCAAGUGCACGCGGUGGCAGCUGGAGGAGACCACGGACUUCGUCACCUGCCCCUACCACUACUACUGCGACAGCUCCUACCCGGGCGACUACCACUCCGCCGUCGGCGCGCUCGUCGCCGCCUUCGCGGCCUACUGCUUCGUCGCCGCGCUGGCCUUCGCCGUGCUCGACCUCGUCCGGAGCGGCGCCGCUGGCGUGAGGGGCGUCAAGCGGAAGUACCUGGUCCCCUCGGGCCCGUUCCUGCUCCCGCUGGUGCUGCUGGCGCUGGCCAAGGGGCAGCGCGUCAACGCCGGCGGCGCCGUGGGCGUGGCGGCAUACAGCCUGGUGGCCGGGCUCGUCUUCCUCUGCGUCUUCGGCAAGGUGUACAGAUUCUUGGCGUGGGUGGAGUCGUGGCAGUCGCAGUGGAAAUCCAGCCUCUGCCACGCCGUCGUCUGA